CUGGAACGUAACAAAUUAUCACACGGUCAUCGUAGGUAAUUAAUGUAAUAAGACGCAUGAAAUGACGAUUAAAUUCAAUUGAUAAUUAUUUUAUCCGAUAGUUUCUGUUCGGUUGUGCCGGUGUGAAAACAAUAAAAAAAAAAAAAAAAACACAAAAAAUCGCGUACAGCAUAAAACGUACACACAACCAAUACAACGCGCGUUACACGCUCCACCGUAUUACGCGUUCCGACCGCGUAACAUUGCGAAACACGAUAACAGUCGAUGCCCACUGCCGCCCGUGAACGCGUUCAUGUCCCAGGGUGUCCGUUAUUAAUCACAGCGGAACCCGUACGUGACGGACACCUCUCUCAACGGGCGGUUGUGACGAGUAGGAGCCGGCCGUUCCAACGUGUGGUCGAACUGCACGCGUUACGGACGUCUUUCUGUCGCGGACGUCAAUACUUUUCACCCCCCCGAUACUUCGACGACCGCGGACGGCCCGUCCGCGUUCGAAGUCGAACGCGUCGCAAACGUUUACAAACGCGCACCGCGCCACGGCGUCGCCGGUCUAUUUUGAACACGGAUUGCGAUUGGUUGUACGUUCUACACCGCCGGUCGCAAAGACAAUGUAAAUCGUGUCGACGGGAUAACCAGAAACACGCACGAAACGUUCGAGAGCUUGUCCGGCGCUCCGGUAUUCCGCGUCGCGUUUCCGCCCCGUCCGUUUCGUGUCUGUAUUCCCCAACAAUGUCACCGCCCGUACCGCGCAAAACUUUCGGUUCGAAUCGUAAGGUGGACGUGGUUCGUUGUAAAGACCCGAGCCGUUCGUCUACUCGUAGACUUGCCGACAAAUUCGGCAUCGGCAACACGCGAGCUGCCGUAGUCACGAGGAACACAGAAGACAGAAUCCCACCGGUUCCCAGAGGAACGGGCCAGGCGAGUUGA